AUAAAAAGGGCCUUAUUGACCGCCCCUGCCCUGAGCCUCCCAGAUGUAACCAAGCCUUUUACGCUAUAUGUUGAUGAACAUAAUGGAAUAGCCAAAGGGGUCCUAACUCAAAAACUGGGACCCUGGAAAAGGCCCGUGGCAUACUUUUCAAAAAAAUUAGACAGCGUGGCUGCAGGAUGGCCCCCAUGUCUCCGAAUAAUAGCGGCUGUGGCAGUCCUGGUAAAAGACUCAGACAAGUUGACUUUCGGCCAACCCCUCACUGUGGUGGCCCCCCACGCCGUAGAGACAGUCAUCCGCCAGCCCCCUGAUCGAUGGCUCUCAAACGCCCGGGUCACCCAUUAUCAGGCCAUGUUACUGAAUUCUGAGCGGAUACGGUUUGGAACGGCUACAUCUCUAAACCCGGCCACCUUGCUUCCAGAAACCGAGUCCCCCUCCCUAGUAAUGCAUGAUUGCCACCAGAUCCUAGCUGAAGUCCAUGGCACCAGAGGGGACUUGACGGACCAGCCUUUGCCAGAUGCUGAAGCAACCUGGUACACCGAUGGGAGUAGCUUUCUACGAAAUGGUGAGCGUAAAGCCGGGGCAGCCGUGGUAGAUGGGAAAGCUGUCAUUUGGGCCAGUGCCUUAGAGCCUGGGACUUCAGCUCAAAGGGCAGAGCUUAUAGCCCUAACUCAGGCCCUAAGAAAGGCUAAGGACAAAAAGGUCAACAUUUAUACUGACAGCAGAUAUGCUUUUGCAACUGCCCAUGUUCAUGGAGAAAUAUACCGUAGAAGGGGUCUCCUAACCUCAGCAGGUAAAAACAUCAAAAACAGAGAAGAAAUACAAGAUCUUCUCCAUUCCCUCUUUCUGCCGAGAAAACUGAGUAUAAUUCACUGUCCUGGGCAUCAGCGAGGCAAUGACCCAGUAGCAGAGGGGAACAGGAUGGCCGAUGAGACAGCACGGGCCGCUGCACUAGGCCCACAGGCCCUCUCCCUACAAGUACCAGAGGCUGUCCGGACACCGGGGCAACUCUCUCUCGAGUACUCAGACAGCGACCUAGAUAUCGUCCAGCAAAUAGGGGCAAAAUAUGACGAGCAAAUGAAGGUCUGGAAACACCAAGGGAAGACGGUCCUGCCCCAGAAAAGGGCCAAAGAACUGGUGACUCACCUCCACCGAUGGACUCACCUCGGACACAAAAAAUUAAAAGCACUCCUCCGGAGAGAAGGUCAGACCUAUUACAUUCCCAAACUCCCCUCCCUGAUCCAACAGGUAACCGACGCUUGUGUACCUUGUGCUAAGGUAAAUACCAAACACCUCAAGAUGCCUGAGGGAACCAGGAUGAGGGGAGAAAGACCCGGAACUAAUUGGGAAGUAGACUUCACCGAAAUCAAGCCAGGACAGGCUAAAGGCGCUCCAGAUUAUCCAGCACCAGAUCUGGAAACCCCUUGCGGCUGUCUACCGCCCCGGAGACACAACCGGCCCACACCCGUUCCAGAUCGGUGACUCCGUCUACGUCAGGAGACAUCAGUCCAGGACGCUUGAGCCCCGCUGGAAGGGCCCAUAUACUGUACUACUGACCACCCCAACCGCCUUAAAGGUAGACGGCAUUGCUGCUUGGGUCCACGCCUCACACGUCCAGCGCGCCCCAUCAACGAGCACCGCUGACGCCAGCCAGGACGGACCGGACGAGCCACUCCAAUGGAAGCUCCACCGCACCCAAAACCCGCUCAAGAUAAGACUUUCAAAAAUUGUUCAAUGACAGUUGUUAUAUUCCUACCUCUCCUAGCGCUCUUCACCUCCGCCAAAGGUGACCCUCAUGCCCUCAAAAGGUUAACCUGGCAGGUACUAACGUCUGGGGGUGACGAGGUCUGGUCUAUAACUAAGACCGCC